UAGUGAUGGAAAUAGACUACCAUCCAAUAAGCAUAGCAAGCUCCCCACACUUGCUGUCAAAUUAUGACUAAUAUAUUCCUUAUGUGCAACCUUUUUGAGAUUAUGUUUGGAGUUUGGCUAUGUUGACUUUUAAAUGAUUGGAUGUUUGUUCAUGGAAACAUUUGUUUCCUUGCAUUGUAUUAAUGUCUGAGUUUCAAAUCUAAUGUUAGCUAGGAGGCAUUUGUCGUUAACUAAAACCAUCGCAAAAUAUACUAGCGACCAUCCUUUUUGUCUCAAUUAAAACCGUUACAAGCUAAGUUCUGCGACAAUUAUUAAAUGGUUUUGACGUCUGAUCCUUGUUUAAUCUUUGUAGUGCGUGUGAUUCAUAUAUGAGUUUAUAAGAGUAUUGAACGUAGAUUUUAGAUUAAUGUAAGAUUCAAUUGGUCAAUGAGCAUUUGAACAACCGGACAUUUAGGGCAUCCAUAUUAGAUGUAAUCUAAGAAAGACUAGAGUAUAGAGGAUCAAGAUAAAAUUGUAGUAUUUUAUCAUAAGGAUAAGACCCAUGAUUUCUAAAAUGAAUAAACACAUUAAAAGACCGGUGUAAGUUCUCAAAAGAGCCCUCAACCCACUAGUAGAAAAAAUACCUUUAAUGACACAAGAACAAUGACACACACUAAAGUUAUGACACACAAAUGCUUGUGUCAUAGAAAACAUGUCAUCAUUGGUAAAAUCUGAAUAUUUUAUGACACUUAUUCUUGUGUUUCAUCGUUUAAAUGUCAUUUUCAAAAAAAAAAUAAAACACAUUAAAAUAUGUGUGUCAUGGUUUUAUGUCAUCUUUUAACUUUUAAUAGUUACACAAAACGUGUGUGUCAUCGUUGUGUGUCAUCAAUAUAUGUGUCAUUGUUGUGUGUCAUGGUUUCAUUUUUUUUAAUUUAAUCAUCAAUAUAUCUAAAUUUUCGCGCCUUCUAAAACCUUCUCAAAAAGUUAAACAAUCCCCAAAAUUCCCUCUCAAAAACCCUCAGACGAUUCAUCAUCCAAAAUCCCUCUCAAAAUUCUACACACCAAAUUCCCAAUUCCCUCUCAAAAACCCAAACCCUUAGCCACUUCAUCAUCCCAAAUCCAAACAAGUUUCCUGCUGAUCAUCUCCUUCCAGGUAACAAACCUCAUCCAAUAAUCUAUUAACAAAUCGUCUUAAAUUCUAGGGUUUAUGUAUCCGAUAAAUGCUGAACAUCUGCAUUCAGGUUUGAAAUUUAGGUAUACUUCAAGAAAUAUCAAUGUUAUUUUAUGUUUACCGUAUGUAUUAAUGUAUCAACACAGUGAAUUACACAUAUGUAUCAAAGUUAUUUUGUUCUUCUUCUUAUUAUUAAUAUUAUUAUGUGUAUAGAUAUAAUAUAUAAGUAUUUAGUAUGUGAUAUGAAGCUAAGUCUUUGUUAUUUGUCGGGUCAUUAGAGACACACUCUAGAUGUUUGAUGAAAUGUCUAGGUAGAAUUUGUUAAUUGGAUAUGAAAAAAACUUUGAAACUAUCUAUGUAUCAGAUUUCGGGUGGAAUUCCUUUGUCGUUUAAUGAAUCUCUUGUUAGAGUAUUGUUGUCUAUGAAUCGAUUUCGGGUGACAUUUAUGUCAUUUUACUGUUUUAGGAACCUUGUAUAGAGAACUUACUUGGUUAGGGUUACAAAAAUUCACUUCUUGAAUAUAUAUGAUACUUAUACCUUGCAAAACGAGUUGGUCGGGUUACGUCGGAUGGCGGGUCAAAAUGGGUUCGGCUUGGAACGGGUCGAUUUAGAAAAAAGGUUGUUUUGGUUUGGGUCAAAAAGGGUCUGGGCCGGAGAGAGUUCGGGUCAGGACGGGUUUGGAUUGAAACGGGUCCGUGUUGGAAUGGUUUUCAGAUUGCGUUGGGUUGGCUUUAAAAAAGUUUUUGUCUGAUUCUAGGUUGAAAUUUGGUGUAGUUAAAGUCAAUAUUCUACAUACAGUGGACAUUUCAAGUCAUUUAUAUAUAGUCAAUGAAGUCGGACAUUUCAAGUAAGUCAAUAUUCAAUAUUCCUUGCCAACGCCCAGAUUCUAUCUGAGCGUGGUUGAGGGCUUCUUCAAUAGUUAUGCCACGGUUAGAAUUGGGAUCUUCAACCAGACGCAUGAUGUCUACUAACAGACUUGAAUUUCUAGUGCACCCCCAUUAGCCAAACAUGAUGUUGUAGGGGUGGAAUUGGAAACUCAGUAUCUGUUGCACAAGAACCAACAGACUUUUUGGUUUGACUUUUAACUUUCAUUGAAAAUCCCUUCUUUUGUUAUUCUAUUUAUAUCCACAAACUUUGUAAGCUGAAAUACUGGAUUUCAAUGCCAUUUUGUGGGUUAUAAUAUUUUUUUUACUUUCCCCUUUCACUAGAAUGCCAAUUUUUGGUAGCGUAAGAACUGAAUUGAGUUAUUAACUGUUAAUUUCUAUUUUUAAUAACCGUUUCGACGCGAACCGUUUCGACGCGUACCAAAUUGUAGUGUAAACUAAGAUACUGAUCUUCUUGAUGCCAACUAGUUUUUUGUUAAGUUGUUAGAAUAUUAUAGUAAACAAAUUGUGAGUUCUUUUUCUUGACUGUGAAAUGGUGGGACUUGUUAUAACUUGAUACUUUAUAAACUGUAUAAACUUUAAUUUGGUUCCUUAAAUCUCGAAUAUAAACUUUAUAUCAUAGUAAUUGUUAUAUACCUAUGCUGAUAACUAGUUACCUGAUUCCUUAAAAAAAUGUAUAAUAACUUUGUUCCUUAAAUGUAUACUAGCUAUGCUGGUAACUAGUUAACUGAUUCCUUAAAAAAAUGUGUAUUUCUUAAUUAAUUUUCAUUCACAUCAUGCUAUAACUAGUUAUUGUGUAUUUGUUAAAACAAUUUUUUAUUUAGACAUGGAAUCGAAUUCUGACUCGGAUCAGGAUCAUGCUGAAGAUAACAAAUCACAAAGAGGUCCGACAAUAAAGUCAAAAGCUAGUAAAGGGAAAGUUAUAAUUACGUACAAUAAAAAAGGUGUCCCAGUUGGAAAGGAAUCGGUAGAACUUUCUACAUUCGAGGGAUUGGUAGCAAGAACUAUGAUUCCAAUAACUUAUACCACUUGGAGGAACGUUGGUAAGGAAACAAAGGAAGAAUUAUGGCAAUAUGUCAUGCACAUUUUGUGGUUAGCCCAAAGAGCCGGAAGCAAACUAUACAAUCAAUUGGGACAAAGUGGAGAAACUUCAAACAUACUCUAUACAGGGAUUACAUUAUGACACAAAAAGAUGACCCUGAGGAGAAGAAGAAUUUACUUAAUCCUCCUCCUAAGUACCCGUUCUUGAAAAAAGAAGACUGGAAACUAUUUGUUGCACAAAGAACUUCAAAACAAUGGGAGGAGACAAGUAAGAAAGCAAAGAAAGCCCGUGCACAUCAUAAAUACAAUCAUCAUUUGAGUAGAAAGGGAUAUGCCAGACUCACUGCUGAGAUUAUGCAAGAAACUGGCCUGGAGGAAGAGGAGAUUGACAGGGCAAUGUUGUGGAAAAGAGCAAGAGAACUAAAAACAGGAGGUUUUGACUCAGAUGUCCAAGUGGUAGUUGAUAGAAUUAUGAAGAGCUACAUUGAGCAGCAAGACAAAACCAGUCAGAGGAUCCUUCACGAGAUUGAUGAUAUCAAGAAGCAAAAGAGGCCAGCAGAGGAUCAGUAUCCAUUGGUGCCUAGGGUGUUGGACUUUGUCACUCCAACAACUACAGCACAACAAUCCAGAGUCUCCAUCACACAACCCCAAGGAUCCUCCAUUCAACAUCAAGGAUCACUAGCGAUGACCCUUCCUCAAGGAUCCUCCAUCCAUCAGCAUGGAUCAGUGGCGAUGACCCUUCAUCAGCAUGGAUCAGUGGCGAUGACCUAGACACAAGGAUCCUUCCUCCGCCCAGAAGGAUAUAUGGAGAUAUUUCAACCUCAAGGAUCCAUGGAUCACACAUCCAAACCUACAGUUCAGACCCACCCAGGACCCAAUGUCUUUCAAGAUCAAGGAUCCUCAGGAAGACAAUCAUGGAGAAGCUUUGAAGUCCACGAAGGGGAUUUCAUCCCUAUGCAGACCAUUGCUUCUUCUGGCCCUACUAUUACACCAGACAUGACAUAUCCUAGAUAUACUUUUGCAAUACCAACUUCAAGUCAACUAGGAGGUAACAAUUUUAAUACAUCUUUUGACCAA